AUGGCUCCCCACGCUAACUCGGAUGUGGCCAACGGCGCCGUGAACGGGUCGGUUUCCAACGCUCCUCUGUUUACCGUCAACUCUCCCAAUGUUGUCUACACAGACAAUGAAAUCAAGAGUCAGUACGCUUACCACACCACCGACAUCUCUCGCACCGCCGACAACAAGCUUGUCGCUACCCCCAAGGCCACCAACUACAACUUCAAGGUGGACCGUAAGGUGGGCAAACUCGGUGUCAUGCUCGUCGGUUGGGGUGGAAACAAUGGUUCCACUGUGACGGCUGGUAUCAUUGCCAACCGUGAUGGCCUCGUCUGGGAAACUCGCGAGGGCCGUCAAGCCGCCAACUACUAUGGCUCCGUUGUCAUGAGCUCGACCGUCAAGUUGGGUACUGACGCCAAGACUGGCGAGGAGGUCAACGUUCCGUUCCAUGACAUGUUGCCCAUGGCCCACCCCAAUGAUCUUGUCGUUGGUGGCUGGGACAUUAGCAGCAUGAACUUGGCCGACUCCAUGGACCGUGCUCAGGUUCUCGAGCCGGGUCUCAAGCAGCUGGUCCGCAAGGAAAUGUCUACCAUGAAACCGCUGCCCAGUAUCUACUACCCUGACUUCAUUGCCUCCAACCAGGAGGAUCGUGCCGACAACGUCAUUGAGGGUGACAAGGCUUGCUGGGCUCAUGUCGAGCGCAUCCAGAGUGACAUCCGCAACUUCAAGGCCCAGAACGGUCUGGACAAGGUCAUUGUCAUGUGGACGGCCAACACCGAGCGUUAUGCUGAUAUUGUUCCCGGCGUCAACGACACGGCCGACAACCUGCUCGAAGCCAUCAAGACCGGACACCUCGAGGUGGCUCCGUCCACCGUCUUUGCGGUUGCGUCCAUCUUGGAAAAUGUCCCGUUCAUCAACGGAUCUCCCCAGAACACAUUCGUCCCCGGUGCCUUGGACCUCGCGGAGAAGCGUGGAGCGUUCAUUGGCGGUGACGACUUCAAGUCGGGCCAGACCAAGAUGAAGUCGGCUCUGGUGGAUUUCUUGAUCAAUGCUGGUAUCAAGCUCACCUCGAUUGCCAGCUACAACCACCUGGGCAACAACGACGGCAAGAACCUGAGCUCCCAGAAGCAGUUCCGUUCCAAGGAAAUUUCCAAGUCGAACGUUGUCGACGACAUGGUUGCGGCCAACAAAUUGUUGUACGCUGAGGAUGAGCACCCCGAUCACACCGUUGUGAUCAAGUACAUGCCGUCCGUUGGCGACAACAAGCGUGCUCUGGAUGAGUACUACGCGGAGAUCUUCAUGGGCGGUCACCAGACCAUCAGCUUGUUCAACAUCUGCGAGGACUCGUUGCUGGCCUCUCCGUUGAUCAUUGACCUUGUCUUGAUCACGGAGAUCAUGACCCGCAUUGGCUGGAAGACUGAUGAGGCGGCCGAGUACAAGGGCUUCCAUAGCAUUCUGAGCGUUCUCAGCUACAUGCUCAAGGCACCUUUGACUCCUCCCGGUACUCCGGUUGUCAACGCUCUGGGCAAGCAGCGUUCUGCUCUGAUCAACAUCUUCCGUGCUUGCGUUGGUUUGCAGCCCGAGUCGGAUAUGACUCUCGAGCACAAGCUGUUUUAG